AGUGAAGUUGUGUGUUUUUUGGCAAGAAUAGUUCAUGGAUGUGUUGUUUCCGUUUGUUUUUUGUGCCUGGGCAUUUUAUGGAAAUAUUCACAUUCUUUUAUACACGUGUUGAUGAUCGUUUCGUUUUAUCCUCUUCCGGAUCUUUCCCACCGCGUCCUUAUCCAAUAUCUUCUGAUUCCAGCUCCAUCCCCUAUCCCUUUUGAUUUGUUCGAAAUUUCAUAUGAGCAUCAGAUUUUCUUCCAUGUUCUCUACCUUUGCUCUUGCCGACGGCUGUUUCUUCGGCUUCAAUUUCAUCAUCGGCCAACACAAAAAAAAUCAGCAUUCAUGUUGGUUGUUCGAUUGCUCUCUGAAAUGUAACGCCGACCACCCUCUUCGACGUGUUCACAACGCUUCGUCUUCGUCUCCUCUCUCAACUGCCCGUUGUGAAGGCCUUCUGUCACAAUCCCUAUUAGGGCCCGAUUUUGGGUUCAUCAAACGUUUACCAGCCAGGAAAUCACACUCUAUUCUGCUGUGA